AUGUCCCUUCCCAUCUCUCACGACUCUGUGUCUGCGUCGUCGGUCGACAAACUCAAUUCCUUUCACGAUAGCAAGAUGGUUCCUCCCAGCACUCCCGACACCCUCCCUCCUGAGCUUCCCGCUCCCGAGGAGAAAGAGCUUGCCUGGACCAAAGUCCGCUCCAUCUGGCAAGAUGCCUUUUCCGAGUUCCUUGGCACCAUGAUCCUCAUCAUCUUCGGUGACGGUGUCGUUGCCCAGGUUGUUUUGAGCAAAGAACAAAAGGGAAACUACCAGAGUAUUUCAUGGGGCUGGGGCAUCGGUGUCAUGUUUGGCGUCUAUGUCGGUGGCAAGUCUGGUGGGCAUAUCAACCCUGCCGUGACCUUGGCCAACUGCGUCUUCCGCGGCCACCCUUGGCGCAAAUUCCCCGUCUACGCCCUUGCUCAGCUCCUUGGUGCCAUGGCUGGCGCUGCCAUCAUCUACGGCAAUUACAAGUCGGCCAUCGACAACUUCGAGGGCGGCCCCGGAAUCCGAACUGUCAGCGGCCCCAACGCUACCGCCGGUGUCUUUUGCACAUACCCCGCCCCCUUCAUGACCCGUACCGGCAUGUUCUUCUCCGAGUUCCUCUCCAGUUCUGUCCUCCAGUUUGUCAUUUUCGCGCUCGUCGAUGACAACAACAUUGGUGCUGGCAAGAUGCUGCCAUUGGCUCUCUUCUUCCUCAUUUUCGGUAUUGGUGCCUGUUUGGGAUGGGAGACCGGUUAUGCCAUCAACUUGGCUCGUGACUUUGGUCCUCGCCUCAUUACUUACUUUGUUGGCUAUGGCACUGAAGUCUUUUCAGCUGGUGGCUACUACUUCUGGAUUCCAAUGGUCGCACCGUUCUUCGGCACCCUCUUUGGCGGCUUUUUGUACGACGUUUUCAUUUAUACCGGCCCCAGCCCCAUCAACACUCCGUGGUUUGGCCUCAAGAGACUGGCUCAGCCCCGUCGCGAUGUCUGGUCCAACACCUACCGAAAGUCGCUCGAGGGUAAAGUCUAA